CCGUCGCAUCACAACCAAAGCAUCCCACAAAAAUUCAACAACCAGUCCAACGCCGAGGAGAUCAAUCACAAUCAGCGAGCGACAAUGGAGGGCAGGAUGUUCGGGCUGGAGACCCCGCUGAUGACGGCGCUGCAGCACCUGCUGGACGUCCCGGACGGCGAGUCCGGCGGAGCCGGCAAUGCCGCCGGCGAGAAGCAGGGCCCGACGCGCGCCUACGUCCGGGACGCGCGCGCCAUGGCGGCCACCCCCGCCGACGUGAAGGAGCUGCCGAGCGCGUACGCGUUCGUGGUGGACAUGCCGGGGCUGGGGUCCGGCGACAUCAAGGUGCAGGUGGAGGACGAGCGGGUGCUGGUGAUCAGCGGCGAGCGGCGGAGGGAGGAGAAGGAGGACGCUAGGUACCUGCGGAUGGAGCGCCGCAUGGGCAAGCUGAUGCGCAAGUUCGUGCUGCCGGAGAACGCCGACAUGGAGAAGAUCUCCGCCGCGUGCCGCGACGGCGUGCUCACCGUGUCUGUCGAGAAGCUGCCGCCGCCCGAGCCCAAGAAGCCGAAGACCAUCCAGGUCCAGGUCGCCUGAGCUGAGAUGGAUGGUGUGGGCGUCCAAUCGAAGCAGAGUGUGAGUGGGAGCGAGUUUCCUGUUAUGAGUAAUGGAGCGUGUGUCUUUUGAUCUCAUCUGCUAGAGUGUGUGUGUGUGUGUGUGUGUGUGUCGUAUCGAUUCCUGCGCACUGCUGAAGAAUUGAUGUUUCGUUAAUGGAAAUGGGGAUGAUCUCUGGCUUCGCCUGACUAAAA